AUGAAGCUCAAGUCUUUCGCAAAUUUUGUUUUCGCAGCCGCGACUCUUACUACGGCGGGCCCUAUCCACCCACGUGCCGAUGUGUCCUCUACGACAACCUUUGACCAGAUUAGAAUCCCUUUCCCUAACAGGGUUGGAGCCCAGGUCAACCAGCUUUUGGGGAACACGCCACUAAACUUCACAGAUAUCUCUACAGGAAAUAGUAGAGGUGUUGUUACCGUUGGCAUCACGCCUUCAUCAGGUGCGAACGUCGGCGUUUCACUUCAAGACAAUAAUGCCGCACAGUCAACAAUUAGAAUACCCAGACGAUCUAACGUCACGUCAUUUGACUUGGAGUCCUUCAGAUUUGGAUGUGUCUACGGAGGGCUUAGCGGUACAGACCCCAAAGGCGUGUCAAUUUGUAUUGUUGGCGUUAACGGGUAUAGAAAUGGCUGGAGAGUUGCCAACCAGGUUUUCACCUUCAACCCGGGUCGAGUUACGAAGAACACCUUGGUGCCCGCUAGAUUGUCCACCAGCUUCCAGAACAUUCAUUCGGUUCUUUUCGCCACAGUUUAUAGCGCCAGCAUUACUUCCGGGGGAGCGACUUAUUUUGAUGAUGUCAAAAUCACUGCUCACUCUGGAAACACAACAUCAGCCACCUAA